AUGUUGCGCUUAUUUGCCGCGCAUGCGGCGCAGCAAUUCCAGCGCCACGCCGCCAAUCGCGCGUUCAGCGAGCUCGCCGCUUCCGCUGCAGGCGGAAUGGGCGGCGUCGCGGCGCGGAGGUGGGGCAGCGUGUGGAAAAAGUGCCGCCCGGAUGCCGCCGCUGCUGCCCCCGGCGCCGCCACGUGCGGCGCACCGUUCGAUUUCACGCAAGCCCCGUAUUCGUCCACUGUUGAUCUCGAUUUCUCGCAGCUCACGCCACUGGCGUUCGCGAGACGCUUCAGCGCCGGUACCGCCGCGUCUGGCGGCAACAUCCCCGUAGAAAGCGCCAAUAAGCCGUCCGAUAAGGCCGCUGCAAGCAGUGGCAUUGGAGGUUCGGACAACGUCUACCUCCAUCACACCAAGUACGCGUCAACAACAAACUUCACCAUGGGGGAGAUCGACUGGGAGGCGGACGCGGCGCAGAGCAUGCAACCCAAUUCCCCCCGUUCCCCGCGGUUUCCCCCUCCGCCUCUCCUUAUUCCCUCCCCAUAUCCCUCCCCCAAUUGCGCAGCCAAACUUCACCAUGGAGGAGAUCGACUGGGAGGCGGACGCGGCGACUCGCCGGAGCAUGCACCCCGAUUCCCCCGUUUCCCCGGGCCCCCCUUAUUCUCUCCCCCUCCUCCCGCCCCCCCUUUCCCCCCUUUGCGCAGCCGAACUUCACCAUGGAGGAAAUCGACUGGGAGGAGGACGCGGCGCAGACCAAACUUCACCAUGGAAGAGAUCGACUGGGAAGCCGACGCCGCGCAGAGCAUGCUGGACCACGCGCGCAUCCUACGGAGCACGCACGUCCACGUGGCAGGCUCCUUAAUCUACCGCGCGCCCAGUGACAGCUUCAAUACUCGUAGCAGCAACAGUGGUAUCACAACCACCACUCGUAGUAACGCCAUUGGUGAACGUCCCUCCUCCCCCCGCGGCGCCCUCCGCUCCCCGCACUCCGCGGCCAUGCGCCCCCGCUCCCCCUCCCCCCCCCGCUCCGCUCUCCGCUCCGCCCACGGCUCCGCCCACCCCCUCCGCUUCCCCUCCCGCCCCGCCUCCGCCUCCCGGGCAGCCUCCCGCGGCAGCCAUGACACGUCAGAACCCAGCAUGUACGACGUCAGCCGCCACCUGGGAAUGGGGUCCAAGGCGUCACAGAUGGAUGUGACUAAAACGAUCGUGGCGACGGCGCCGUUUCACGAGCUGGUGGAUGAAAUACCGAGCGCGUGUGACUAUAACGAGAACGGGGUGUACAGUGGCAGUAGCGAGGGCGGAGUGUGCAUUGUAACGCACGCGAGCGACACGGACGUGCUCCUGGGGGCAAUGCAGCUCAGUCAGGCGAAAGCUGACAAGCGGGUGGCGGCGGUUGUCUUAUCUGGUGGCACGCCACCGACUCUCACCAUCGACCACAUGAUAAGGUCCACCAAUCUGUCCGCCUCGCUCCCGGUCCUCCUCUCCCCCCUCGACCCGCACGUCAUCUGUCUCUCAAUCGCCCGCGCCCACUCCGCCCUCCACGCCUCCUCCCCGGCCAAAAUCCGCCGCGCCCGGGACCUCUUCCAAGAACACGCCGACACGCCCGCCAUCCACCGCAUCCUCUUCCAGGAAGCUUCCUCCGCCCACCCCGCGCACGUCACCCCGCGCGUGUUCGAGUGCGAAAUUUUCUCCAAGGCCCGGGAGGCUCAAUCCCACGUGGUCCUGGCGAAGGGGACCGAGCCAAAGAUGGUGCAAGCGGCGGGGGAGGUCCUGAGAAGAUCGCUUUGCAAGUUGACUCUUCUCGGGAAUCCCGAGGAGGUGCUUUUGCAGGCGAAAAAUCAGUGCGUGGAUUUAUCCGGAGCUAAUAUUGUCGAUCCCGGAGCUAGCCCGGACCUGGAUCGGUACGUGGAGUUGAUUUGCCAGGCGCAGCUGGAGCGGGGGGUGACGAUGAGCGUGGAGGAGGCUCGGCGGUUGCUUCUUUCCGACCCUGCGUCGUUUGGUUCGGCGAUGGUUGCUGCUGGUGAGGCGGACGGAAUGGCGGUCGGCGGGAUUCGGCCGAACGGGAACGGGAGGAUUGUGCGGGGGGUGAUCAAGACGCGCCCGGAAAUGCCUGUGGUUUCGGGGGUAGUUUUCAUGUGUCUCCCGGAUAAAGUGCUGGUUUAUGGAGACAGCGCGGAAAACACCCUUCCUCUGAUUGGUUCCAGCUCCACAGCUGUGGCCCCGAGCCUGGGCGCUUCGGCGCCGACCAAUGGGAUCGCCACUGCCGAUCCAACGGCUGAGGAGCUUGCGAUGAUCGCCAUGUCAUCGGCUGACACGGCGGCAGCCUUUGGCGUGGAGCCACGUGUCGCUCUGCUGUCCACACAAGCAAGCCAGCAGGGUGCUGCCCGUGCUGCUCAAGGUGAGGGGAUAAAGGAUAAUGGCUCGAGGUCGUCUCACGGAGAGAAUAGAGGAGGCGGCGCAUAUAGUGAAGGAGCAACGGCCUGGCCUUGCAGUCGAAGGGCCUCUGCCAUAUGA